AUGAGAAAAGAUGGCGUUGUUCAUGUUGCAAUGUUGCCAUGGUUAGCAUUUGGUCACAUGCAGCCAUGUUUCCAGUUUUCUAUAGCUUUAGCCAAAGAAGGAGUUAAUGUCUCUUUCAUUUCUACUCCCAAAAACAUUAAGAGACUUCCCAAAAUUCCCCCCAACUUAGCACCACUAGUAAAUUUAGUGGAGUUUCCAUUGCCAAAACUUGAUGAUAGGAGCCUUUUGCCUGAUGAUGCUGAGGCAACUGUUGACAUUCCUCAUGAGAAAGUUGGCUAUUUAAAAGUAGCUUAUGAUCUCCUUCAAGAGCCAAUCAAGCGAUUCAUCACGCACAAAAGGCCCGAUUGGAUCAUCGUUGAUAUUAACUCCAAUUGGGUAGUUGAGAUUGGUCGAGAUCUUGACAUCCCCCUCAUUAGCUUCAGUGUCUUCACUGCUGCUUUACGGGUCUUCAUCGGGCCCCAGAAGCCUCAAGCUGGGCCCGUCCUGGCCCAAGAUGAAUCAGUGCCAGUGCUUGAACUUUUGACAACACCACCACCAUGGGUGGAUUUCCCAUCGAUGGUCGCUUACCGAAAAUACGAAGCCGUGCAAGUGAUUACUAUGCUACAUCUUCGAGAGAAUGCUACGCGUGAAACUUUAGUGGGACAUGAUCCUACUAUAGACCACGCGUAUAGAAUUGUGGCUAUACGUACUUGCACUGAAGUGGAAGGCGAUUACUUAGAGACGCAUAAAAGAAUCUAUGGGAAGCCAGCUAUUCCGAUCGGAUUGCUUCCACCCGAAGAAAUAUUACCCUUGGAUGAAAGAACUCUUGCAGGUCAGCCAGAUUGGCAGAACAUUUCCAAAUGGCUCGACCGACAAAAGCCAAGAUCCGUUGUGUUUGUGGGAUUUGGGAGUGAAUGCAAAUUUAGUAAGAAUCAACUAUGUGAAAUAGCAAACGGAGUACGACUCUCAGGACUACCGUUUAUGUGGAUAUUACAGAAGCCCGAAUGGGCUUCAAAUGAUGUUGAUGCUUUGCCAUCGGGCUUUGGCGAAGCAACGGAAGGGAGAGGGUUGGUGCACAUUGGUUGGGCCCCACAGAAGGAAAUUCUGGCACAUUCAUCAAUUGGAGGAUCUCUUUUUCAUGCAGGAUGGGGUUCGACCAUUGAAACUUUACAACAUGGUCAUGUUCUUGUGGUGUUGCCUUUCAUUUUCGAUCAGGGAUUGAAUGCAAGAUUACUAGUAGAGAAAGGCUUGGCGAUCGAAGUGAAGAGGAACGAAGAAGAUGGAUCGUUUAGUGGAAAUGACAUAGCAAUGUCAUUAAGAGAAGCGAUGGUUUCAGAGGAAGGGGAAGAGCUAAGAGCUCGAGCAAAAAGGGCUGCUGCUAUUUUUGGUGACCGAAACCUUCACGACUCCUACAUUAGAAAUUUUGUGGAGUAUUUGAAAAGUAAUUGUGAGAUGAAGGUUUAGUCAUCACCUAGCAAAUCACAAACCGUAGUAUACCUAG